AUGAAAGCUUUGGGAUUUCUGGUUUGCUUCAUUUUAAUUGCGUUUUUGAUCUACAACGCUAUCCGGCACUUCCUAAUUAGCCAAAAAUCAAAACUUAUUGGCUUGAUCCGCCGAUAUCCUCUUCUUCCAUUCCCUCAAGACGGAUUCCGUGUUCUAGAAGCUUCUGACAAACUGAAGACGCUGGUCCCUCAGGCAAAAAUCCAAGUUUGCCAAAACUAUACGAAACGCCAGGAAUGCUGGAAUGGCAAAAAACAGGCAAUUGAUAAAAUGAAUGAGAUGAUGAGAUGGAUUGUGAAAUGGAAUCGGAAGCAUCUGGAAGAUCAUCGACACCCUGAUGAGGAUAAGAUAGAGGAUUUGGUUCCGAAUGAUGCGAGAUUGAUUUCUAUUAAAAUGGAAGGAUUCAAACAUGGAGAGAUGUGUCAUGAGUUUGAACCCAACGAUGGUACGGUAGAUGGAAGUUAUUACACGUGGCAAAUGUUUGGAGACAACCGGAUCCAGGUGACAAGUUAUAUCGAAGAUGGAAUUAGUUAUGUCGCUGGUUUCUGUGUUUAUGUUGAUUGCCCAUGGACUUCUGGAAACUACUUCCGAUUGAAGGUUAUCAAAGAUUUGUUUGAAAAUAAAAAGUCUCUUCCUAUUCGAGUAAGAACCAGGAAUACUGCUAGAGUGAUUGUCAGAGAUGAGAAUCGAGUGAACGUUCAGAAGAAGGCGGUACCAGUUCACGGUAUUCGUGUUGGGAUCCCGGAUCAAGAAACCACGUACGUCUUCAACAAAAGGAAUUCUUCGCCCACUCCCUCUGAUGUCAGUCUACCAGAAGAAGGUGGUCCUUCAAACGAUAUUUUAAUCAAAUGGUGCCCAAAACUUCGGAGGAAUAUCAUGUCGAAGAUUGAUGAUAAUGUAGUGAUCCAUGAGGAAUGGGAUCAAAAAACGCAGAAAAUGAAGAAUGUGGAGUGUCAGUUGUGUACCGAUGUUUUGUUAAAUGAGGAACCACCUGCAUAUUCUUCAAUCUCUCCGAGAUCAUAA